UGCCUGCUAAAUAUGAGUUUCGCGCAAGGCAUCUUUCUGAAAUUCACAAACAUUACCUGUGAGAGCAAGGAUAUUAAUACUUCAUCGGUGGAGUACUGUUAUAUCAGGCAAAUGGACCAUCAAAAAAACUAUUUCAGUUUACGUUAUAAUUUGCUCAAACCUAUAACAAAUAAUGUUUCUUUCCAUUUUCAAUUAAUGAUCAGAAGCAAUGGCUGGAAGCCAUUUAUGUAUGGCAUUGACUUGGAAAUGUGCCGAUUUUGGAAAUCACGCUAUAAUGCAUUUGGUAAACUGCUUUUUACCCUUGUAGAUGGCCAUACCAAUUUGAAUCACACUUGCCCUUAUAUGAAUGAAAAGUAUUUGGCUAUUGAUAAGAUAUUGAAUACGGAUAUAUCGAAGAAAUUGCCAACAAUGCCCAUAGGAAAAGGACAUUACGCAGUUUAUUCAAGCUGGUCAUGGAAUAAUAUGAGUCACGUCGAGACGAAAAUUUAUCUAGAACUUAGUUAA